UUUCCUAGCAACCAAUACCACCCGGAUAGAAUGGCAAAAUUUGUGCUUGCUGGUAAAACAGACUGCCCACAUUAUGCCAAAGCGGAACUAUUAGCAGACAGUCUGCAACGAUCUCUGCCAAACUUCAGCAUCCACAAGAUAUCCAUCCUCCCAGAUAAAUGGAAGGAAUGGCUGGAGGCCACCUGCAAAAGAAAUGGUUGGAAACACGAGCAGUCCCCUUUGGUUUGGAGGGAACUGGUGGCCCAAGGGGGGAAAGGGAUGCUCUUAGGGGGCUUCAGUGACUUCCUAGAGCAUUGUCAGGACUACUACGGCAUCACAUCAGACAUGCCUACAGAUGUAAUGCUGAGUGUUGCAGCAGAGAAUCUGGAAACCAAGAUGAACCUUAUUGUAGAGGAGCAGCAUCGUUUCAGUCUUAUCAAUCCCCUUCAUAUAUGGAUCGUCAGUGCUCUCAGCCCAACCUGCCACUUCCUGAUCCCCAGUCUGCUCUCUGCUGAGGUGUUCCCCCACGUUUCUGCAAUCAGCCUCCACCUACUGGACCUGGAGGGAAACGAGGAGGGACUGCAGUGGCUGAGGAUGGAGACGGAGGACCUGGCACUCCAUCUGCUCCAUCAAGUGACCAUUCACACAGAUCUGGAACAGGCCUUCCAAGAAGCGGACGUCAUUCUACUGCUGGAUGAGUGGUGGUCUGAUGACAGUGAUACAGAGAAUGAGAAUGAGGAGGAAAAGAAGAAGAAAAAGGUAAAGGGAAUCUCAGACAGGUACAGAGAGUACGGACAACUCAUUGACACAAGGGCCAACAAGGAGGUGAAGGUGAUUGUGUCUGGUGACUCUUUUGUCAACCUGAGAUGCUCACUUCUUCUGGACAAGGCACGCUCCAUUGACAGCCACCAGUUUGUCACAAUGGCAACUCAGCUGGAGAAUGAAGCCAGGGCCAUUAUUGCAAAGAAGCUGAAAGUGAGGUCUUCAGAUGUUACAAAUGUCAUGGUGUGGGGAAACAUCAGUGGUAGUUUCUACAUUGACCUGCAGAGGGCAAAAGUUUUCAACUAUGAUGGGGCAAUCAAAGGACCAGCUUUCUUCUCCCAGCCAGUCCAAAAGAUUCUCCAUGAAAGGUUUGUUAGAAUAACAAACAGGAUUUCAAUAAGUAAUAGGUAUUUCUUCAGACUCCUGGUUCAGAAGUACAGGAAAUGGUUAGAACCAGACUUUCAGGAGUCGGUAUGUCGUCAGCGUGCGGUUGUGGCUUCAAAGACCUGCCGAGCAGCUGUCAUGUCAACCGCCAAUGGGAUCCUCACUGUCCUAAAGGCUUGGAAUGGCAUUUAUAGUCCAGAUGUGGUCUUCUCUAUGGGUGUACUUUGCCCAGGUUACUACAACCUCCCAGAUGACAUCGUCCUCUCAGUUCCAGUAACCUUCACAGACGGUAAAUGGUCUGUGCUGUCUGAUGUGACUGUUGGAGACGAGUUGAAGGAGAGACUUCAGCUUUCUGCAAGUGAACUCAGGCAGGAAAAAGAACUUGGAUCAGAAAAUUCCCUAUUGUUAUGAAUACAGAAGACCGCUGAUAAGACAUAAAAAAAAUUGCAUAUUGACAACACAGACUAAAAACAUAGGCUGGAAAUUGGUUAAAAUGAUCAAAGGAAAUAAUCCAGAUACAUUUCAGUGACACAUCUUAAGUUUUUUUCAGUUUGUUCUUUUAUUCUCUUACUUUCACAUGUGGAGUUGCAGUUUUAUUUGACCAGUUUAAUGACAAUAAAUCUUUUCCACUUCAUGAAACUCA